AUGAACCAUUACAUGCGACUUGUAAGUGCUAUUGCUGUAGCUCUCUUGGUCCUUGGCUCGAAAACGAGUGCCACGUCCAGUCAAGUAGUAGCUUCGGAGACAAUUGACGACGACCAGCAACAACAACCACCACCAGCAGCACCACCAGCAGUAGCGUCUUUAGCUGAUUUGCCAUUGUUGAAACUCCAUGUCACGCUUCAUCGGACCGCUAUGGCACUUCACGGCGACUCCGAGUUUGACGUGUUUGCGACCCCCGUCGUGUCGGAAGAUGGCACCCGAGUGCGCUACGAUGGCUAUGCGACUUUUGUUGAAGGUCACUUGUGCAUCACCUACGCCCUUGUCAACGGGGCCCCAUACCUGACAACCAACGACAGCUCGUCGAAUGCCGAAACCGUGCGGUGCAUCCCUUCCAGUCAACUCCCUUUCGACGAUAUGUUACCUGCGAUAAAUGAGGCAACCCCGAUUCCAAGUGCAUCCAUUGGGGGCAAAGCAAUCGAGUGCGAGGGUGGCACCCUCUUGAAGACAUCGUUCGGAGGCAUCUGGUAUGCCAUCUGCUCGUUGGGUCCAGCUGGAUUCACGGCUUAUGCGAGCGACGUGACCAUUGACGUCAACUAUCUCGCGGACUCCGUGGUGAGAACCCCGAAAACCAAGUCGAAUGACAGGUCGUCCUGUGAGACUCUGGUUGAAGCCAUUGCCCUGACACCCACUGGUCUUGCUUUGGUCAGUGGAAGUGACCUGCCACUACCCUCCAGUUCCAGGAAGCUCAUGGAGGCAUCCCACAUGUCAAUGCUUGGGUUCUCUUCCUGUUCGUGUAACUCCGCUCGUCGUCCGUGCCUCUUUAUCCACGGCCUCGGCAACGAGAACGAGGAACAAGGGCUGAUGAACUCGUCACGUCACUUUGGAUGGGAUAAAAUCCAGGAUCACGCCCCGUGCUGCACGUCGAUCAAGUACGUGGCGCUCAAUACGGUGGACUACGGGUGGACCAGUCCUGUGCUGCAAAGAAAGCUGUGCAACCGUUCUCUCUCCAUGUCACCGUCUUCCGAUGCCCUGUCGCGCACUAUUGAAGACACGAUAGUGGUCACGCACUCGAUGGGGGGGUUGAUGUUUGCGGGGGCACUUGCCAAUGCAAAGUGCCACCUCGCGCCAAGCUCCACCUGGAUUGCGCUCAGUCCCCCCAUGUUUGGCAGCAUGGCUUCGGAUCAUCUCGUGGAUUACUGCAAGCACAAUGUCGAGAACCUCGCAGCCAAAAUGAUGUUUGAGGGCAAAUGCCCCGCUUCCAAGUCCACGCGAUCCAUUGCCUAUACGAACGAGAAGUACAGCAGCAAGAAGUUAGACGCUGCUUACGAUGCGGCUCAAGUGGUUUACCGCAGACACGUGUUUGCAGCCAUGUGCAGCAGCUCCUACGUUGGGAACAUAUCCAAGUAUCAGUUCAAGUACAUCAUGGGCGGCAGCAUGAUCCCGCACAAGUCUUCGAAGAAUGACGGACUUGUGGAGUUCCUUAGCUGUGCCGGUGGCAUUCCGCCGUCCAAGUUUGGCAACACGCCUCAUAACAGGUUCUACCGGUGUGAAUUGAACCACGCAGACACGGCGUUCAAGACGGGGGACGGGAUUUUUAAAAGUACGGUGAGACCGGUCACGUGGUUUGAAUGUCUGCUGUGA